AUGUUGGAUUUACACGGAAAAGUCGCUCUUGUUGGCAUUGGUGCUGCUUGUGCCGUGUUGCUCGCGAGAAGAGGAGCUGUCGUUUUUGGAGGGAAUAGAACUGUUGCUUCAACGUCUAAAACGAAGGAGACGAUUGAAGCUGAGGGUGGACGGUGUGAUGUCGUGGCUACCGAUGCUACGGAUAACGCCUCGGUGAAGAAGCUCGUGGAUGCUUGCCUUGAAAUGCAUGGACGGGUUGAUAUUCUUGUUACGAGUGUUGGACAGAGUCAACCUGGGGAUCCAGCGAGCUUGGAAGAGGAGGUUUGGGAUGCGCAGAUGGACAUCAACUUGAAGAGCGUAUACCUCGCCUGUCAUCAUGUCCUACCCAUCAUGGAGAAGCAACCAACAGGAGGAUCAAUCGUGUGCAUCUCAUCCAUCGCAGGACUCCGAUACAUUGGAAAACGCCAAGUCGCAUACAACACAGCCAAAGCCGCCAUCCUCCAAUUCGUCAAAACAACAGCCGUCAUAUACGCGCCCAAAAAGGUCCGCCUCAACAGCGUCGUCCCAGGUCUCAUGGAUACACCAUAUACAAAGAGUCUAGCGAAUAGGUUCCCGCAAAAAGGAGGAUAUGAGGCGUUUUGCGAGAUGAGGAAUGGUCAGGUUCCGAUGGGGAGGAUGGGGGAUGCGUGGGAUGUUGCGAAUGCGGUCUUGUUUCUUGCUUCUGAGGAGGCGAGGUAUAUUACUGGGCAGAAGAUUGUUGUUGAUGGGGGGAUUACUUGUUCGACUGGGGGGGUUUGA